AAUUAAUUUAACCCAGAGAACCUUAAACGUUGGAAAUUUUUGACUGUGAUCCUCUUUUAAGGGCCAAAUAGUAGCGUUACAACUCAUCUGCGUAGUUUGGCGUUGUGUUGCGCUUUAGCCUUCUAUUGAUUUCUUACUAUCGUCUAAAUUAAAAACUACAGUGUUUGACAUCAGUCGACGUUGCACUUGCGUUACAGUGAUCCCGUUCGUCGGUGGCACCUCCAGGCUGUUCUGUGGAGCUACCACAUAUAACCUAUUUCGGUAGUCGCCAUAAUUUAUUCAAAACCUGGUACUGGAACAUGAGCCAGGGGGAAGGGCCUGUUCUGGAGGAGAGCUGCCUGUUGGGAGAAAGGCUUUGACACUGCCCAGACCAGGCUGAAUCAGGACAGAGGUAUCACCACACCAGCAGAGGGGCAUACCUCCAUUUUGCAAAGAUGGCGCAAUCCUCUGUUAAGAUGGCUUGCAUAGCCAACUGCAUCAGCGUGUAGCAUGUAGCAAUGCAGGUGGCGCAGUGGUGACUGUACGAGUACACUAUUGGGUAGGACAUGUUUUAAAAUCUUGCAUCAGUAGGAUAUUGGAGAUUUCACAGUAUCACACAAUUGCACCUCCCUGAUAAUUAAGUAGACACUUUUUGCCUUUGCUAUGUUGACAGAACACAGGAAAUCUCUCUGGCAUGUCAUGAAUUGCGAUUUCAUACAUCUAUUGAGCAAAAAUGUAAUUGAGCAAAAGUGUAGCUUUUCUCUAAGCUUAAUGCAGAUGAACAGCAUCUGGUGUGUUAGAUUUUCUCAAUGACAGUGUUUCCUGAAUCUGCCUGUCAGCAUCUAACCUCUUUCUUAUUUCACAUCUCUUUCAGAGUAAAUCCCAUCCGCCGAUAAUAGAGCCUCUCUGUCUUGCUCUCAUAUCUUGAGAUGUGUUUUGUCAGAUUGUUGAACUGACUUCCCCUAAUCUUUUCCUGUCCACACUCCCCCUCUUCCACUCUUGCCUCCCUCUCCUACUUCCCACGGUUCAUUUCUUUUAUUUUGGACUCCCACCUCCUUUCCCUGUUAGGAAAGCUACCGCUUGGAGUUUUCACCUCCCGUCUCCCAACUAUCUUUUCCCUGAGCACAUCUUCUCCUCCUUCUUUCCUUGUGGACCUCCUUGAUUGUCUGGUUUCGUCUGCGCUGCCGUUAGCCGGAUACUAUCUCUACACUCCCCGCGCAAAUCUUGCUGUUCCUCACUGAGCCGAGCCUUAGUCAUUGUGUCCCACGUACGCCCUCACGCCUUAGACCGCCCCUCUUCUGCGCCAUGGCGUGUUUUGGCCGGCCGCUGGACUCCCCCUGCACCCUGGCCCUGCUGGUGGGGUUCCAGUUCGCCUUCGUGGUUUACUUUUCCCUCGGAGGGUUCCGGGGCCUGGUCUCGGUGCUGGUUCACUCCGCCGACUCCGAGUUUGACUAUGCGCACCCCCACGACGUCUACACCAACCUCAGCCACCUGGGGGCGCUGCUGACCUCCCACACUGGAGCCCCCGGGAAGGGUGAGCAGCUGAGGGACUGCCACUCCCCUUCUCCUCUUCUAGUUGGCCCGGUGUCUGUGCGCCUGUCCUCUCCCCUCACCCUGGAAGAGAUUCGGGAAAAGAACCCCCUGGUGACCCUAGGGGGCCGGUACCGCCCCCCUGACUGUGAGCCCCACCACCAUACCGCCAUUGUGGUGCCUUACCGCAAUAGGCAGGCACAUCUGCGCUCUCUGCUGUACCACCUCCACCCCUUCCUGCAGAGGCAACAGCUGCAUUACAGCAUCUACAUCGUACACCAGAUGGGAAACUCAACCUUUAACCGCGCAAAGCUGCUGAACGUGGGAGUGAGGGAGGCGCUACGGGACGAAGACUGGAGCUGCCUGUUUCUCCACGAUGUGGACCUCCUCCCGGAGAACGACCACAACAGCUACACCUGCCACCCUAAGUAUCCCACGCACCUGUCUGUGGCCAUGGACAAGUUUCAUUACAGGUUGCCGUACUCCCAGUAUUUUGGAGGGGUGUCAGCAGUGACCCCUGAUCAGUAUCUCAGGAUGAACGGCUUCCCAAAUCAAUACUGGGGCUGGGGCGGGGAGGACGAUGACAUCGCGGCCAGGGUGCGUCUGUCUGGGAUGAAGAUCGUUCGUCCCUCAGUGUCUGUGGGCCACUACAAAAUGAUCAAGCACAAGGGCGACAGGGGCAACGAGCAGAAUCCACGCAGGUUUGACCUGCUGAAGCGGACCAGAAUAAACUGGCGCUCCGACGGUCUCAACUCCCUCACCUACGAACUGCUGUCCAAGCAGCUGGAGCCUCUGUACACCAACCUGUCUGUCAACAUUGGGGAGGACCCUCAGCAUCCACUGAAGAAGGUUCCGCCACCGAGAAAAAUAACGCCUCCUCCAACCAAACUGACAAAAAAGGCUGUGCCCACAACCAGCGCUCCAAAAACGGAUCGUGUCCAUGAGGGAUGGGCCAAUAAGACCUCUAGGCAAAGGGGAGUGGUAAAAUAGAGGCUGGGGCUGAGAAUAUGAAGAUGGUGUUAUGCUGUGAAAUCUCCAGCUCGGUCUCCUGACUAUAACUUUGCAGUUAUCUUGUGUGUUUAACUCAUGAAGACUUGGUCUUUGCAAAAAGGUAUUGAACAAAAAAAAGUUUUAUUUAUUUAUUUUUUUUCUUUAUUUUUGUCAAGCCUCUUUUUUCACCUAUUUGUACACAUGAAAGGAAGGAUGUUGGAAUGAACUACUCCAAGUGGUAGUUACAACACCAACCAAAUAGCCGCAAGGUGACUUCCUCCCAGGGAAAUGGGUGGAAAUGAACAAGUCAACGUUAAAACAGUUCAAAUGGCUGUUGUGGUGCUGGAAUGUGAGGUGAAGAGUACUUGGUUUACUGUUUUUAUCUUGUUUUUGUUUUUUUUUGUCCGGUGGUUCUUGUAUUUGACCUUUACCCUGCAGAGAGCGAUUCAUUGUUAUCCAGAGAUCUUUGCACCAUAUGGGAACAGACACUCUUUCACCGGUACAAGUCUUCUGUUUUCCAACAAAGCUGCUGCCAAAUUCUGCUGUUUACCUCCAAAAUGUGGGUUUGUGUUUCUGUGCCUUUUCUCUUGUAGAUGUACAAUUUAUAUUUGUGUGCAUCAGUUUGUUAGUUCUUUAUAAAUUAUUUCUCAGAUAUGUACUGAUAUUGAUAUAUUUUUUUUGCUGUUUUCUUGCAAAAUAUUCCCGAAGCAUACAAUGUUUGGUGUUUCAGUGGAUUGUGAUUUUAUUUUAGGUAGAGACAAUCAGAAUAUUUCAAGAAUUAGAUGAUAAAGCAAGCAAAGUGAUUUUAAAAAUGUAGAACUAAUAAAUAUCCUUGUACAAAUCAAGUUUUAGAAUACAUGAUUAUUGUAAUGCUGGAAUGCAUUAAUUUCAUAUAGGUUUUCUGAUUAGUUGUGUGCAUAACUGAAGAAAUUUAGUGGUUGCUUUUAAUAUAUUGAUUUGAGAGCAGUUUGUUUAUGAUAUGCUAUACAUGCCCAGUUUUCUGAGUUAUUCUCACCAGUAACAGAACCCUGAUCCCUUGCUAUUGAAUGGAUUCCUUUAUAAAUCAACCUUAUUGAAGUUCCACAUUAUCAGAGACCAAAUUAUGUUUAUGAUAAAAAUGAAGAAAGGGAGCCACAAUCUUAUCAACUUUGCAUUGUUGAGGGGCAUAUGACCACAAUGCUAUACUGUGAUGUUAAAUGAAUCUGUGAAGGCUCUAAUAACUGGACAAGUUUGAACUUGACAGUUUUAUUUUUAGUCAUUAUCUGUUUGAAGUACUGUACUUUUUAUGCAUAUCCAUUUUAGAAAUAUUACUUUUUUUGCUUUGAGUUGCACAAGGCUUGCUGUUGUGGUUUCCAAUACAACUGUAUAAUGUAUCUGAUGAAAUUAUGGUUGUUUUAAGGAUGUUUUUUGUAAAGACAAGUCAUUUCAACAAAAAAAAAACUGCUCAAUCUUUAUGUGCCUCUUAUGUAACAGGAUUGUUGUAGAGUGACGUUUAACUCUAAAAUGGGUUGAGCUAUCAUGGGGUGUCAAUGAAAUUUGCUAUUUCUUGGGAGUUUUUACUACAGACAGCAAAUGCGUUACGAUUGGUACUUUUUUUUGGUACUUCUGAGUUAGUGGCCCAUGGCACAUGGAAGCUCCACCCAUUUUGGGUUUAAUUAAAUAACUCUGCUAUCACCAGUGUUCAGUUCAAGAUGAGCAUUGCCCAGUUUAGAUUUUAAACUUUAUUGUACAAAAUGGGUUCUGUCUUACUAUUCUUGUUGGAAAUAUGUGUGUUUACUUUGCUUUUAUCUUUUAAAUGCCUUCUUAUUUACUGUGUAAACACUAGACAGUGUUGAGAUAAUCAUAUGAAAUCUACUAAGUAUGCGAUGAGUUGUGGUAUCAUUUUUGUUUUUUGAUGCUGUGUUUGAUUUUAGAUUUUGUGGCUUUGGUUUGAGGUAGGGUGUAAGUUCUAUAGAAUAACAAAUUAAGCUAAGAAAAUAAUGCUGACCAUGUGGAUUGUUUUAAUAAAUUCAAGACAGAAAUUUGGCCUUAACCUCUCAAUGAUCGUUUUAGUCAUCAACAACCUCCUUGAUGAUUCCUCAUGUAUUAUUGCUGCAUAUGUAGAUAUUGUCAGGCCAAAUUAAAAUUAUUUUAAAUGAUGAAGCUUUUUGCUGUGCUGUUUCAUGUAGGGCCUCAUUCUGAUAUUUUUGAGCAAUUGAAGGAACAGAUUAGUCACUUGAAUAGUUUUAUUAAGAUGAAUCCAUGGUACACCAUUUAUUGUGGUACGUAGAUAUAAACCACAAUAUUCAAAAAGUUUAACAGGGUACAAUAAAUAAUGCUUAACCACAGUGGGAAUAAUACAAGUAGCUACUGUGAAUGAUUUGAAAAGGCUAAUGAAUUAAAAUAAAUGAUUAGACAUUUCAUGCAUAAUUUUUAAUCGCUGAGUAUUUAAAUGACUUCAUGGACAAAAUUAAUUUUACCAUACUGCUUUUAAAUGUAGGUACCUGUACCUUCAGUCAGGAAAAAAAUGCAGGUGAAUUUGAGAGGCUUUCUUUUUUCAUACGGUGUUAAUGGUUCAAAUUCUUACCUUUUAGCAAGCCAGAGUUAGAUUCAUUGAUUCUAUAAAAUUAUGUAGUUUUUGGAAAUUGAAAUAACCUACCUUCUCCUAUUCAUUUCAGGCUGAUUUUGUCCUUAGGGAAUGUGUCUUGAUCUGUAAAUACUUACAUGAAAUGAAUACGCACUGUUAACUGUAUGUGUAAUAUCACUGUGUAAACAUUACUGUAUGCAUGUACAUACAUUUUAUAUAUAUUAAAUGUAUGUACAAGCACCAUAUGCUAUAUAUAAGCUAUAUAUAUAUAUGUAUAUAUAUAUAUAUAUAUAUAUAUAUAUAUAUAGCUAGCAUAUGGUGUUAUCGCAGGCAUAUAUACAUGUAUAUCUUUAUACGUUAUAAUACAUUGGGCAGGGGUGGGGGGGUGGAGGGCAUUCAAUCUAACCAGUAUGGCAUUUGACAAGCUUUGAGUAUUAAGUUCAAGCAAGUAUUUUCCAACUUUUUAAAAUCCUAAGUAGCACUGCAACUUUGUCAGGCAACAAACUUGACACAGAAAAGAAAUUAUAAUUUAAUUUGAAAAAAAUGUAUUUAAUACCAUAUCAAAUUUAUUUGUGGACAGUGUCAUCUAUGUUGAAAUGAGUGCCCCUUUUUGCCCUUCAACUUUACGAACAUCAAUAUUUUGGUCAGGGUUUGUGUGUGGUCCAUCAAAUAAAUGUCUGGUCCCUAGGAUGCCUUAAUGUUAAUAGAGAUGUAUAUUUAUAUUUUAGAUUCAACCCUGUUAAGUAUAGAGUAUGCUGUUUUGCAAAUUAAACUACUGAAAAACAAAAGGUGAGUAAUGUAUCAUUUAGUUACCUUGAAGUGGGAGAUUCAAGAGAGACCAGGCAUCCUCUGAAAUUCUAUGUAGUAUAAAUGAAGAACAAGUAAACUAAUGGAAAGUAAACAAAUGCUUGCAAGAAGACAAGCAAUCAUUUCAGUUGAUUAAAACAUCUAUUAACGGGUGAGUUUCAUGAACCAAAAGUGUUAUGUGAAAGGGAGAGACAAAAGCAUUACACCCAUUAGAACAGUGAGCUGUCAGUUUUGAUUUUGAUAUUGGAGAUGUAUACAGAUUAGAAGAUUACAGGUCAUUGUGCAUUGUAAAGUAAUUUUGUGGUCAGACGAAGUGUACUUUACAUGUGUAUUGUCAUAAGGCAUAUUCAGUUUUACACAAGGAUGUGCAAGCCUCAGAGUAUUCUGCUUCAGAGUCUUAUUUUAUUGUAAAGCAUACAAAUAAAAAGUAUUUUAAAAGGUC